AUAAAAGGAAUUAUAUUUACCAAAAAUGUACCGGAAAGUAACGAAAAUCUUCACUAUUGGCCGGAAAACAUUGUUGUCCAGUAAUGUAAAAGAAAUAGUGCGACCAAUGUCGACAAGGGCGGUUAUAGAAGAAUCAAAGGAAAAAUGGGACUUGUACGCAUCUGUUCUUGUGGAACGUCUACCCAUUGUAUCUAAAAGCUUAAACCCUUUGGAACGAGAGUUCCAGGACCAUUUAUGGCGUGUUGAAUUUGAGAACAGCUUUAAGUCCAAUCACGAACUAAAACAUGAACGUGAUCUACUUCAGAGUGAGUUAAUAAAAAAGGGGAAAAUGGAAGUGGAUCUCGAUGACAGCGUAUCCAAACAGACAGCACAAGAUUUAAAAGAUGCCUACUUGGAGGAAUUGAAAAACUUUCAACCCGCACUUCGUUCCACGGCCGAUGAUGCAGCUAAUCGAACAGCAUCAACUGACCGAUGCUUGGAGGAUACAUUAUAUCUUAUCAUAGAGGAGUCACUAAAUAAACAAGCAACACAGUUGUUACCACAAGGACCUCGUCACGACGGUGAAACCAUGCGACAGGCUGCUGAACGUAUCUUACUUGAAAAAUGUGGUUCCAAACUAGAGGUUAGUUUCUAUGGGAAUGCUCCUUGUGGAUUUUACAAAUAUAAGUAUCCGAUUGAGAUGCGCCAAGGAAGUGUUGGUGCAAAAGUUUUCUUUUAUCGAGCAGCACUAAAUGGUGGUAAAGUAGAUACAUCGGUUGUAAAAAAAUUUGAAUGGCUCUCAAAACCAGAACUAGAGCAGAAAAUUAAGAAUGCCGAUUAUACUGAAAGCAUAAAGAAAUUUUUGUUGUGAAAUGUAUAUGCCUAAAAUAAUAAAAUUCAUUUACU